GACCGGUUUGCGACAGCGGCCGCGGUCCGGGGACCCGAGAGAGCCCAGGGCAGUCGCCGCGCGGUGCGGUGCGGUGCGGUGCGGUGCGGUGCGGUGCGGGGGUCCCGUCGGCGUCUGGGAGCCGUGGCUCGGGGUCGCGGAGGGCCCGGGCCCUGCGUGCGCCGUGAGGGGCGGGCGUCCCGACUUGGCGAGCUGAUGCGGACUCGCUUUUGAGCGGCUAAGGGACGAGAGGAGCAGCCCUAAACAUGGAGGACUUUAGUACCAGGACCUACGGGACCAGCGGCCUGGACAACAGACCUCUGUUCGGGGAGACGUCUGCCAAGGAUCGAAUCAUCAAUUUAGUUGUUGGCAGCUUAACCACCUUAUUGAUUCUAGUGACACUGAUCAGCGCUUUUGUUUUCCCUCAACUACCUCCCAAACCUCUGAAUGUAUUUUUUGCUGUCUGCAUCUUUUUGAGUAGUAUUACUGCCUGCAUACUUAUCUACUGGUAUCGGCAAGGAGAUUUAGAACCGAAAUUUAGAAAUCUAAUUUACUACAUCUUAUUUUCUAUCGUCAUGUUGUGUAUAUGUGCGAACUUGUACUUCCACAACGUGGGAAGGUGAAGCAGCCCAGAGUACUCACCAGGACUCUAUCUAUGGGAAUCAACGGCUGGACAAGUAUGCUGAAAGAAUCCUCUCCGAAGUCUGCACAUGAUUUUCAUGUUAACUGUAACUCUGAACUCCCUCUUGCAAAGGAGCUGUAUCCUAGAUCUCCGCUUUCCUUUAAGAAGCUGAAACAUUCCAGCCCUCAAAUGACAAAGUAUUUUCACUUUGAAAAUAAUUUUUUUUACACUUUAAGUGCACGGCUCAAAUCUUUCAUUUUAAGACAAAUACUCUUUUAUUUCUGUUAAACUGAAUAUACAAUUAUUGUUCCCUAGGCAACCAACUUUUGCUUAUUACUACAGUUUCACAUUAAUAAAACAGAUAGUGAAAAGACAACUCUGAUUGUGAAGAUCUAAUUACAAUAAUAAAUAAAAUAAUUUAUACAAG